UGGCUCAGUCAGUCAGUCAGCCAGCCAGGGGAGGUUUGAUGGUUCCUCUCUGCCACGGGUUGGUGACCGACUGAGCGGGGGAGGAAAAAAAAAAAAAAAAAAAAGUGACUGGGAAGCGGUCUUCAAGGCGAAGGCUGGAAGUUUCGACUCCCUUUUUCUCUCCUGUGUUCCGGAUAAAGUGGUCGCCAUGCCGGUGUUUCACACGAAGACGAUAGAAAGUAUCCUGGAGCCGGUGGCCCAGCAGAUAUCCCAUCUGGUGAUCAUGCAUGAGGAAGGCGAGGUGGACGGCAAGGCCAUCCCGGACUUGACGGUCCCGGUGGCGGCCGUGCAGGCGGCUGUGAGCAACCUGGUCCGGGUGGGGAAGGACACUGUCCAAACCACAGAGGAUCAGAUCAUGAAAAGGGACAUGCCACCAGCGUUCAUCAAGGUGGAGAAUGCGUGCACCAAGCUGGUCAAGGCCGCAUCCAUGCUGAAAGGCGACCCAUACUCGGUUCCUGCUCGAGACUACCUCAUCGACGGCUCUCGGGGGAUCCUCUCCGGAACCUCAGACCUGCUCCUGACCUUUGACGAGGCUGAGGUUCGCAAAAUAAUCCGAGUCUGCAAAGGGAUCCUGGAGUACCUGACUGUAGCAGAGGUGGUGGAGUCCAUGGAGGACCUGAUCACGUACACAAAGAACCUGGGACCAGGUAUGACCAAGAUGGCCAAGAUGAUCGACGAGCGACAACAGGAGCUGACCCACCAGGAGCACCGGGUCAUGCUGGUCAACUCCAUGAACACGGUCAAGGAGCUGCUGCCCAUCCUCAUCUCAGGUAUCAAAAUCUUCGUGACCACAAAGACGUUCGGCGGCCAGGGCGUGGAGGAGGCCUUGAAGAACCGCAACUUCACGUUCGAGAAAAUGAGCGCGGAGAUCAACGAGAUUAUUCGAGUGCUGCAGCUCACGUCCUGGGACGAGGACGCCUGGGCUAACAAGAAGGACACAGAAGCCAUGAAACGAGCUCUGGGGCUUAUCGAUUCCAAGAUGGCUCAGGCCAAGAACUGGCUGCGCGACCCAAAUGCGCCACCGGGCGACGCAGGGGAACAGGCCGUCCGACAGAUCCUGGACGAAGCCGGCAAAGUCGGGGAAUUGUGCGCCGGUCGGGAGCGCAGAGACAUCUUGGCCACGGCCAAGACUUUGGGUCAGAUGACCGACCAGGUGUCAGAAAUGAGGGCCAGAGGUCAGGGGGCGUCUCCGGCUGCUAUGCAUAAAGCCCAGCAGGUUUCCCAGGGCCUGGACGUCCUGACUGGCAAGGUAGAAAAUGCCGCUCGCAAGCUGGAAGCCAUGACUAACUCCAAGCAGGCCAUCGCUAAGAGAAUCGACGCGGCGCAGAACUGGCUGGCUGAUCCCAACGGGGGUCCGGAGGGGGAGGAGAACAUCAAGGCCCUCCUGAUGGAGGCCAAGAAGAUUGCCGACAUGUGCGAGGACCCCAAAGAAAGAGACGACAUCCUGCGGUCGAUUGCUGAGAUCGCAGGCAUGACCGCCAAGCUGUCUGACCUCAGAAGACAGGGCAAAGGUGACACUCCUGAAGCCAGGACUUUAGCCAAACAGAUCGCGACAGCCCUGCAGAACCUCCAGUCCAAGACCAACAAAGCCGUGGCCAACAGCAGGCCCGCCAAGGCCGACGUUCACUUGGAAGGAAAGAUCGAACAGGCGCAGCGAUGGAUCGACAACCCCAACAUGGACGACAACGGAGUAGGCCAGGCGGCCAUCCGCGGGCUGGUGGCCGAAGGCCGCAGGCUGGCCAACGCCCUGCCGGGCCCCGCCAGGCAGGAUCUUCUGGGCAGAUGCGAGCAUGUGGAGCAGCUCAUGGCGCAGCUGGCCGAUCUGGCGGCUCGGGGCGAAGGCGACUCCCCUCAGGCUCGCGCCGUGGCUCAUCAGCUACAGGAAGCCUUGAAAGACCUCAAAGGCAAAAUGCAAGAGGCGAUGACUCAGGAGGUUUCGGACAUCUUCAGCGACACCACCACCCCCAUCAAGCUGCUGGCGGUGGCGGCCACCGCCCCCUUGGAAGCGCCCAACAGGGAUGAGGUCUUUGAGGAGAGGGCCGCUAACUUCGAGAACCACGCCAACAGGCUCGGCGCCACGGCCGAGAAGGCGGCCGCCGUGGGCACCGCCAACAAGAGCACGGUGGAGGGCAUCCAGGCGGCCGUCAAGUCAACCAGAGACUUGACGCCACAGGUGGUUUCUGCCGCGCGGAUCCUGCUGAGAAACCCCGGCAACCAGGCGGCAUACGAACAUUUUGAGACCAUGAAGAAUCAGUGGAUCGACAACGUGGAGAAAAUGACAGGUCUGGUGGACGAAGCCAUCGACACCAAGUCUCUCCUGGACGCCUCCGAGGAAGCCAUCAAGAAGGACCUGGACAAAUGCCGCGUGGCCAUGGCCAACCACCAGCCUCAGAUGCUGGUCGCCGGCGCCACCAGCAUCGCCCGCCGAGCCAACCGCAUCCUCCUGGUGGCCAAGCGGGAGGUGGAGAACUCGGAGGAUCCCAAAUUCCGGGAGGUGGUAAAGGCCGCGUCGGACGAGUUGAGCCAGACAAUCUCGCCGAUGGUGAUGGACGCCAAAGCAGUGGCCGGGAACAUCCAGGAUCCAAAUCUUCAGAAGGGCUUUCUGGACUCUGGUUAUAAGAUACUUGGAGCUGUCGCUAAAGUGAGGGAGGCGUUCCAGCCUCAGGAGCCAGACUUCCCACCACCUCCCCCUGAUCUAGAGCAACUAAACCUUAACGACGAGCCAGCUCCACCCAAACCCCCUCUCCCCGAAGGCGAGGUUCCUCCUCCCAGGCCCCCGCCCCCCGACGAGAAAGACGAGGAGUUCCCCGAGCAGAAGGCCGGCGACAUGGUCAACGAGCCCAUGAUGGUGGCGGCCAAGCAGCUGCACGACGAGGCUCGCAAGUGGUCCAGCAAGGGUAACGACAUCAUCGGGGCGGCCAAGCGCAUGGCCCUGCUGAUGGCCGAGAUGUCACGGCUGGUGCGCGGCGGCAGCGGCAACAAGCGCGCCCUCAUCCAAUGCGCCAAGGACAUCGCCAAGGCUUCCGACGAAGUCACGCGACUCGCCAAGGAGGUGGCCAAGCAGUGCACCGACAAACGCAUCAGGACCAACCUCCUCCAGGUGUGCGAGCGCAUUCCCACCAUCAGCACCCAGCUCAAGAUCCUGUCCACGGUCAAGGCCACCAUGUUGGGUCGCACCAACAUCAGCGAAGAAGAGUCCGAACAGGCUACCGAGAUGCUGGUCCACAACGCCCAGAACCUGAUGCAGUCCGUGAAGGAGACGGUCAGGGAGGCCGAGGCGGCGUCCAUUAAGAUCCGGACGGACGCCGGUUUUACCCUCCACUGGGUCAGGAAAACGCCCUGGUACCAGUAAAGACCAGGACCGGAGGGCUCGCUCCGCGCCACGCUGGUGCUGUCCACAUGCCGGACUCUGAUUGGACAGCUGUUAAGUCUCACGUCUGUGAGAGUUGCUGUCCUGAAAACCAAGCAGGUUUUUGCCUUGGAUCCGUACUGGGAGUGUGUGUAAAAAUGUGCUUAUUUCGACAAAUCCGGGAAUAUAUAUAUUUUGAUGAAAGCUUGGAUUAUUUUAAGUUUCAGAUCUUUGUACUGAUAACUGUAGCUCACGACGCAAGACUUAUAGACCUGCGCAAGACUAUUAUAGACCUACACAAAGAUCAUUGUAGAUAACCCAAAACUCACAGACCUACACACAAAUAUUAUAGACCUGCACAAAGACUAUUGUAGACCAACACAAAAUCUAUAGACCAUGAAAGACCAUUACAGACAUUCACAGGUCUUUUCUACACAAACACAAGACUAGUGUAAAGCUACAAAAGACUAUUAUUACAUUUACAAGACUUGUAGGCAACACAAGACUUAGACCUACGCAAGAUUAUUGUAAACCUACACAAAAUCUUGUUCACAACACAAGACCUAAAAAAGACCUAAACAAGGGACUUGAAAACCAACACAGGACAUAUAAACUUACACAAAGCUUAUAUAAACCUGAACAAAGACUAUUGUAGACCAACGCAAGAUGUAUAUUACAGACAUUCACAGGUCUUUUCUAGACCAACACAAGACUUAUAAACCUACGCAGACUAUUACAGACAUCCCAAGGCUAUUCUAGACCAACAAAAGACUAUUAUAGACUUACAAAAGCUGUGUAGGCAACACACAACUUAUAUAUCUAUGCAACAUUUUUAUGAACCAACAGAAAGACUUGUAGACAACACAAGACUUACAAAGACCUAAACAAUGGACUUGGAAACCAAUGGAGGACAUAUAAACCUACACAAGAAUAUUACAGACAUCACAAAUCUAUUCUCAACCAACACAAAACCUUUUAACCUACACAAGACCAACACAACUUUUAAACCUACUCAGUACUUACAUCUUAUAAGACCUACACAAGACUAUCACAGACAUGCAUUACACUUAUAAGCCCGCACAAGACAGUGACAGAUCUACACAAGUCUAUUCCACACCAACACAAGACCUUUUUAUAGACCUACACAAGACUCAUGAACAUACACAAGACUAUCAAAGACAUGCAUUACACUUAUAAGCCUGCACAAGACAAUGGCAGAUCUACAAGUCUAUUCCACACCAACACAAGACCUUUUGUAGACCUACACAAGACUCAUAAACAUACACAAGACUAUCACAGACCUGCAUUACACUUAUAAGCCUGUCCAAGACAAUGGCCGAUCCACGCAAGUCUAUUCCACACCAACAAAAGACCUUUUAUAGACCUACACGAGACUCAUAAAAUACACAAGACUAUCACAGACAUGCAUUACACUUAUAAGCCUGCACAAGACAGUGACAGAUCUACACAAGUCUAUUCCACACCAACACAAGACCUUUUAUAGACCCACACAAGACUCAUGAACAUACACAAGACUAUCACAGACAUGCAUUACACUUAUAAGCCUGCACAAGACAAUGGCAGAUCUUCGCAAGUCAAUUCCACACCAACACAAGACCUUUUAUAGACCUACACAAGACUAUCACAGACAUGCAUUACACUUAUAAGCCCGCACAAGACAGUGACAGAUCUACACAAGUCUAUUCCACACCAACACAAGACCUUUUAUAGACCUACACAAGACUCAUGAACAUACACAAGACUAUCACAGACAUGCAUUACACUUAUAAGCCUGCACAAGACAAUGGCAGAUCUUCGCAAGUCUAUUCCACACCAACACAAGACCUUUUAUAGACCUACACAAGACUAGUAUAGACCGACACUUACACACGUAUGGUUACACUAUGUAUUAAAAAUAAACACUGUUCAGUUUGUUACAUAAUGGCAUAUUUUUAGCACAUUUUUUCUGCCGAAGCCUUUUUUUGCUGUGAUGCUAUACAGAUAAACAACAGUAGACAGUGUCCAUGUUGCAUUGAGAUUAAAAUUGAAAAAGCACAGUCACGGUUUCAAAAUCACGUUAAGAAAACGAGACUCGGAAGCAAACUAGCACUACCAGUGUGCCUUUGAAAUUGACUCGUUUUUAUAGAAUUUUUUUUGGUCAUUUGAAGAUACUUUUGCACCGGCAAAAAAACAAACUUCCAACUGCCUCGCUAUGCAAACACUGUGAGAGUCAGUCAGAAUCAUACUGAAGUUAAGAUGUGCCUCCAUGAUCACUAUUUUGUAAUAAAGCAUUUUUUAGCACUUGG